AUGUCAUAUUGUCGACAUGAGACUAGAUUUUGCGAACUGGGAUUGGCCCUGCGUCCUGCGAAGGAAUUCUUGCCGCUCGAGUGUUACCUUUUUGGAAAGGUGAAUAAAGAACUCGUCUCGCGAAUGGUCCACCACAACAACACGUAUCAUAACUGUGACACUCAGCAGCAAAUCGGACGUUUGUUGCUGAUCAUCAGGGAGAGAGAAACAACUCAAAACUGGCAACACAACGUCAAAAAAAUCAUCGACUACGUCGAAGUCAGAGUACAAGAGCUGUUGCGUGUUGCUCAAAACCAGCCAGUGGCGGCUGCACCAGCGCCAGGACCAUCACGAAAGCGACAGCACAUGCGAGCGCCAGGACCAGCACCAAGAGAGGCAGCGCCAUCUGCAUCGGGACCAGUCAUGAUGCGAGAGCCAGCUCCAUCGUCACCACCUGACGACGUGCAAUAA